AUGACAUACCCAUACAUUGCUCCCGAACACAUGUACAGGGACUCGCAUAAUACGAGAAUGGGGCUGUUGAGAUGUGGAUUUGGGAGUCUCACGCCUGAUGAUGUUGCUUUCAAUUCGCGUCGCACAGUGAAGUGUUCAUGGAAGGUCUUCGAAGAUGUCGGUGCAAAGUUUGAACAGAACAUCCAAAGGCACCUCUUUGACGAUUCGGUCGACCAGACUCAGACUGUGCCACUUGCUUUGCGGACUGUUUGCCUUCUUCAACCGGUGCACUGGCAGUCUGGGUUUGGGUAUCUUCUGGGGAAGGAGAAAGAGUCGCGUUAA